UGAUGCCGAGCUAACGGGCAGGAGGAAGAUGAGGACGACGACAUGAUCGACUUUGGGGAUGGACGCACAUAUUCGUCCCUUAGUCACACUGCCGAGACGACCCACGCUCGUCAUGACCAGCCUGUGACCAAGUCGGAGCGCUUUGGUGACGACUUUGAUCGCAGCUGGCCGAAGCGCGAGGAGACGCGUCCAAGGCAUGAACAAGACCGUCCAAGGCAUGAACAAGACCGUGUGUUGUUUAACGCGUCGUCCAACCGCCUUGAGCCGCACGCUCGCGGCCAGCCCACACAGUCCCAGCCACGCCUCAUGCCCCGUGACGUACCGCGGCAGGAGCGCGACCGUGCCCUGCCUCCACAUCUCGACGCGGGUCGUUCCCAUCAUCACGAUCCGUCGCGUGCCUUUCCUCCUCACAUGUCCCACUCUGCCGCGCCGACGGGCGGGACCCACGGACCAUCGAGGACGGCUUGGCGCACAGGGCCUAGUGAACGUGAGCCGCCUCCUCAUCUCGGAGAACAACGUGAGCGCUCCAACGACCACCCAGCGCGAGACAAUUCCGCUCGUGCACCUCCAGCAUCACGCGUGGCACCACCUACUCCCCACGCCCCACCUCCUGCCCCUCGUCCUUCAGCGCCGGCUCAGCCUCCACCAGUAGCAGCGUCGGCUGCCGGUGGGGCUUCUGUGGGACCUAGCGGCGAGAAUCAGGCGGCCGAGAUGCACACGGCUGCGGAGAAGGCGCGUCUGAGGCGUUUGGCGGAGGAGGCUGAGCGCGAGGCAGCAGCGGAACGCGCGCGCCAGAAAGCCCGCGAGCUGGCAGAACGAUUCGGAGGAACCCCCCCAAAUCCUAAGCCGAAGCCGGCGCCCGCCUCCUCAACGGUCUGCCCCAUACCACCGAGCUCUGUUGCGCCACCCCCACCACCAGGGUUAUCGAAGCCGCCCCAACCUCCCCCCGGCUUCGCGAAGCCUAUCCAGCCGACUCAGCCUCAGAUUACGCUCGCGCCCCGUCCGAAGGAGUCGAGUCCCCAGGCACCGCUCACCGGAUUGCCGCAGCUCCCUGAGCAGAAGAGCACUGCGGCUGACCGCGCGUCUUCGUGGCGUCGAGCUGGGCCGUUAACGGACUCGCCACAUGCGCUUCCAGCCGACCACAUUGUAGCGCGCCGUCCCAGUCACGACCAAGGCCGCAUUUCUGACGUACCGCGCGACCCACGUCGUGGUGUUCGGGACCUUCCGCCUCAUCCACUGCGCGAGGCACCGCCCCAUACGUCUCACUCGAUCUCGUCUCAAGGGCGUGACAACCACGAGGAGCCACCGCGCUCGCCGAUCAGGUCAAAGGCACCACCUGGUCUGGAGCGCCAGAAUGCGUAUGGGGACCACAUUGCCUCGCCGCAUCCCUCAAAGAGGGAGGCGAACUUUGACACGAUGCUCGCGCGCAUUCAGGCCGCAAUGGCCCAGUCAAGACCAACUCCGGAUGUCAAGGGCUCCGACGACUCCACCUCGCCGGAAGAUGAGAGAGAUAAGCACUCUAUGGAGGGUGCUGAGGACGUAGGCGCGCGGAAAGAGGCGCCCCCCUUGGCACCGGUUUCCGUCGCCGCUUCCGCGCAAGCGUCCGCGACGGGCCCGUCCAGUGGGCCUGCGCCGUCAGAGCCGCGUGUUCCUGCACCCACCCGUCCCAGGAAAGCACCUCCUGCACCUUUGUCACACCGGCCUCUAGAAUUCUUCGAUGCGACGCAGGCUCCCAUACCACCCUCUCCACCUCCAGCAUGGCGGGUGCAUACCGUCAAGCUGCCCAAAGUCCCACCGCAGAACAAGGGCCCCAUCCCCCGUGCGCGAUUAAGAGCGGCGGAAGUACGGAUUUCGGCACCGAGGGGGUGGGCUCAGACGUUUGAACCACCACUGGAGCUUCACGCACCGGGCCGCAUACUGGCGGACGCAUUGCUUUUACAGCCCAUUGGGCGCCGCUUCGCGAAGCAGAUCGAGACUGGUCCUGUCGUGAGCAUCUCGCCGCGCCACUUUGUCCCCUUCCAGCGCAAGCCGAAACAGAGGGCUGCCGAGCCGCGCAUGCUACCUGGAGACGCACUAUCGUUUGAUAAGACGACUCGUUCUGCCCCGGCCCCGGCUCCAGCACCAGGGCCAACCGAAGUUUCUGCACCGCAGCCUGCGCGCAAGCCCAGCAAGGGGCGAGUCGCUGUGCCCGGUCCUCAGGCUGAGUCGAUUGCGGAGGACGGUGCUAAGCCACCUGCUGUGCGCUUUAUGGUUUCAAGCGAGCUUGACGGCGAUAGCUUGCUGGAUGAGGUGAACAAGAUGAGUCUCGAGCACAUCGAGGCGGACGACAAAGGUGUGACCGAGGCCAAACAGCUCGGCGAGGUAAGCUUUUGCGAAAGAGCCAGGGCUGACAUCAGAAACCCGGCACACCCCCUCCUGCGCCUGUGUCAGCGCCACGCACGAAUCCCACUUCGCCCAGCAAUACCGCGCCUGGUCCGUGGGCCAAGUCGACAUUGGCCUAUUCGGUCACCUCACCCGCGCGGGAUGACCCUCAGCGCGAACACCUAAAGAGUGUUUGGGAGCAGGCCGCCGACGCCAACGCUCAAUCGUCUGCUCCUGCCUCGGCGACCAGCCAGCCUGAGACGCCACUGUACCCGACCCUCAACUCGCCCGCGACAGCGCCUGACCCAGCUAGUCUCAAGCCCGUGUAUCAAAUGGGCCAAUCGGCGCUGGGUCAAU